ACUUGCAGUCCUCAUCGUUCUGUUAGUCUUCUGAGCUGAGCUUUCAGCUGUGUAGCCGUGCCCUAAUCCUCUCUCUCUCUCUCGACGCCGACGGUGGUGUAAGGCGGCGGAGGCUGCUUUCCGGCAAGGAGUAAAAAAGUUUGUUGAAGGGCAUAAGAGGGAUGAAUGCGUUCAAGGCUUACAAGGCUUGUGUUCCAAUCGCAUGGAGCCCCAACCUAUACAUAACCUUGGUAAGGGGAAUGCCUGGGACCAGAAGACUCCACAGGCGAACUCUGGAGGCUUUGCGUCUUCGCAAGUGUAACCGAACUGUUAUGAGAUGGAACACCCCAACUGUCCGGGGAAUGCUCCAACAGGUUAAGAGACUAGUUGCAGUCGAGACGGAAGAAAUGUACAAGGCACGGAAAGAAAAGGAGGCAAACCACAGAGCUCUGCGGCCCCCAUUGGUUAUAAGCCACUCAUCAGCUUCUGCGAGCGGUUCUUCUUGAAAGCCAAUCAGAUCCUUCGGAUGUCAGGUCCUUGCUUUGGCUUUGCGUUUCUCUCUUUUUCUUUCUAAUCUCCUAGUCUUGUAUCAGGAGAUCGACUAUGAUGAGAUGGCAUUUAGUGGUUUCCAUGAUCAGUGAAUAACACUUGGUUCAAAUACCAUACAAAUUUGUCAACAAGUAUCUCGCGUAGCUGAUACUUUGAUGAACACAUCCUCUGGUCAUGGAAAAGAAGGCCUGUUUUUCGAUUGAAACAGCUUUGCUUGGAUGCUAUAUGGUACUGAUUACAAUUAUAGAUGUGCAUUCUAUACCAGUUUGGGGUCUGGAUCAUCUUGCAAUUUAUGUACAGAGAUGCUGUCGAUCUGCUCCUGAUCUAAUCUGCUCCAACCGCUCUAAGUUUUCUUGACCA